AUGCCUGGAAAAUUUGUUUCUUGGGUUCGAGAGUGUAUUACUUCUCCUCGGUUUUCAGUGGCUGUAAAUAGUACUUUGGUUGGUUAUUUUGAGGGGAAAAGAGGUUUUAGGCAAGGCGAUCUUUUAUCUCCUUAUUUGUUUGUUUUGUCUGUGGAAGUUUUGUCUAGUCUUUUGGCAGAUUGUAAGAAUGAGGGAUUUGGCUAUCAUGAUCGCUGCUCUAAGGUUGGUCUCACUUAUCUAUGUUUUGCAGAUGAUCUUCUCAUCUUCUCGGAGGCUAGUGUGCACUCUGUUAGUGCUAUUCAGAAAGUUCUUAGUGAGUUUGAGUUUCUCUCUGGUUUGAAGGCAAAUCCUGAUAAGAGUACUUGUUUUUGUGCUGUGCUUUCUCAUUUAGCUCAAUCUCAGAUUCUUUCUACCCUGAAGAUGGGUGAAGGUUAA